AACACUGAAGUAGAAUAAUUCAAAAUAUCCGCCAGAGUAGUUUUUGUUAGCUAUUUCUUUGCUCUUCUAUUUGAUUCCUUAUCUAAUAACCUAGGCUUCGUGAUUACAUUAGGUAUACUAUACUUAAUCUUUAUUCGUUAAGCUUGUCGCGUGAACUCUUGAUGCUGAGUUUUAGUGAUCUUUGAAUCGAAGAAAUACCAUCAUGGACCCAAUCGUUAACGUAACGGAGGGAAAGUUAUCAGGAAAAGUUUGCAAAACAACGACUGGAACGCAGUUCUGGUCCUUCAAAGGUAUUCCGUACGCGAAACCACCAGUGGAUGAGUUAAGAUUCGCUGCACCUGAACAACCUGACCCUUGGGAAGGAAUAAGAGAUGCCACUAAGGAGUGUAAUAUAUGUGCCCAGUUUGAUAGAGAGACCCUACAAGUUAUAGGAGAUGAAGAUUGCUUAUAUUUAAAUGUCUAUACACCAUGUUUACCUCAUUCCGAUACUGAUCUACUCCCUGUGAUGGUUUUCUUUCAUGGUGGUGGGUUUUUAUAUGGAAAUGGAACUGACGACUCUGUUCAUGGACCAGAUUAUCUGAUUGAGAAAAAUGUUGUUGUUGUUAGCUUGAAUUAUAGACUUGGAGUACUAGGAUUUCUAUCUUUAGACUGCAAGGAAGCACCUGGUAACAUGGGCUUAAAAGACCAGGUACAAGCCUUGAAAUGGGUGCAACAGAAUAUAAAAAAUUUCAAUGGGGACCCCAAAAAUGUGACCAUCUUCGGUAUAAGUGCUGGUGGGGCAUCAGUAGAGUACCUUUUACUCUCACCAAUGGCGAAAGGGUUGUUCCAUAAAGCAAUAGCUCAAUCUGGCUCAUCUAUACUGCCAUGGGCACAAAGUAACAGGAUUAAAAAGCUUGCUACAAUGAUUCCUCUACUAAAGAAGAAAGUUAUAACUGACAAUCAGGAUUUACUUAAGUUUUUGAAAACUAUGUCUACAAAAGACCUCAUAUCCACUGCCAUGUUGGUAAUAGCAGCUGAUGAAUUUAAAGGGGGAAUACAUUUUGGGUUUGUUCCUAGUAUUGAGAAGCCGGGUGACUGGGAGCCGUAUUUAACUAAAUCUACUUAUAAAAUGUUAGCCCAAGGAGAGUUUAAUAAAGUGCCAUUUAUUAGUGGCUUUUGCUCUCGCGAAGGUCUUGUAAUGCUGCCAUUUCCUAAUGUGUAUGAAAAAAUUGCUAAAGAAAAGAAGUUUGUUGAUUUGCUUCCAUUCCACCUUGAUGAUAUUCAGAAGAUUGAAUAUGAAUCUAAGUUUAAAGCUGUUUAUUUAGAAGGAGAUAAGGAAUAUAAAGAUGAGGAUUCAUUUGCAAUCGACUACUUUACUGAUGUUAAUUUUCUGGGCGGUGUUUAUGUUGCAACUUCACUGAUUGCAAAAAACAACUCUCCUGUAUAUUUUUAUGAAUUCAAGUAUGAUGGAAACUUAAAUUACUUGAAGAAGAAACUUAAAAUUGACAAGGAAGGUGCUUGUCAUGGUGAUGAUGGAGGCUAUUUGGUUAAGAGUGACUUGCUCAAAGAUAAUCUCUCUGAUACAGACAAGUUGGUACGAGAUAGGAUGUGUCAAAUGUGGACUAACUUUGCUAGAUUUGGUGAUCCAACUCCGAAGACAGAUAGUCUUAUAACUACAACAUGGGAACCAAUCGCGGAAACCGGCAUGUCUUGCUUGGUCAUCAAUGACACGCUAACUAUGAAGUAUGACAUUUACCCGGAAAGGAUAAAAUUGUUCAAGGAGCUAUAUGAGAAGUAUUAUUAAAUUUAGUUUGUACAAUUUAUAAAAUGCAAUAUUUUGGUGCAUCUGAGAUUGAGUAUGUAUUGAAUUAAAUAUAUCAGCAAGAGUAAAUAUGAGUUCAGUAAAUUAGCUUUUUGAUUUUGAUGUUUAUUACC